AUGAUGGCGAUCUCAGAGGCUGUUCACGGGAGGUCUGCCUCCAUGUGUCUGUUUCAGAUGGUGCAGAACUUCCGGGAGGAGGCCAGCUUCCUGAUCAGCACCGUUCGGGGUAAACCGCUCAGCCCUCUCUGUCUUUGGAUGUUUGGGACUCUGGUGGGACUCCGGUUGGACUCCGGUAGGAUUCUGGUGGGACUCCGGUGGGACGCGCUCUCAGCAUCCGUGCCACGGCGGGGGGAGGCCCGCGGCACAGACCAGACUGGAAUGCUUAGUCUGCCUUUACAGGUGGAUCUAAGUGAAAGUGAAACAGCUGUUGGUGAUCAGAAGAUCCAUCACAAGGUGUACCAGGAAACGAAGAACACCUUAAUGCCCAAACGCUGUCUGAACGAGUCUGAGGUGGAUCACAUGACAGAGGGGGAGCUGCCACCCGACAUAAAAGACUGGAGCAAACAUCAAGUGAGACAGUGGGCUCUUGGUUUGAAAGGUGUUGAUGCAUCAGUUGCUGACCUAUUGCUUGAGCAAGACAUCAGUGGUCCCAUUCUUCUGCAUUUGGAUACAGAAAAGCUAAAGCAAAUAGGUUUGACCUAUGGACCAGCAUUCCAUCUUAUUCAUGCCAGAGAUGAGAGGGAGACAUUUCAGAAAGAGGAGCCCACACGGCCUACAAACCAGCCUGGAAAACCCUGCAAGCCUUAUCCAUUCUGUAGAUACCAUGAUACUUUGUGCUAUGUGGAGGACAGCGUUGUGGAUGUUACAGAAUCAGGAGCCUCUGACUGGAUUGAACCCUGCCAUGAGUAUAAAGCUUUCAUCAACACAACUGAUGAAACUAAGUUUGUCAAGUUCACUGCUGAGGUCAUUCGUUUUGCAGCUGCCUGCAUGAACAGUCGCACAAACGGGACCAUACAUUUUGGAAUAGGGGAUUGGCCUGACUUCAUCCAUGGCCAGGUGUUGGGAGUGGUGGCUGAGGACAGGGAGGCCUAUGCAAAAGAACUAACAUCUGCCAUUAAUGCUUGUUUUGAGUAUAAGCACCAACAAGCUGCUCAGAUGUGCAUCAAACCUCCCCGAUUUGUUGAGGUUCUCAAGAAAAACUCCACAUCCUCUGACAAGUGUGUGAUUGAAGUGGACAUCGUCCCCGAGUCCAGCAUCUGUUUGGAAAACUUCUACCACACACAGAGCAAAAAGAAAAACAAGAAAAAGCCCAAAGAAGCGGGGCCAUCCCGCUGUUUCUUUGUGCGGGACGGCGGCAGCAGCAGGGAUCUUCUUACUGACGGUUCAGAGAAAGAGUACCACCAGUUUGUUGAGAGCACAGCUCAGCGAUCGCAGCUCCGCAGAAGCGCAGAGGAGAAGCACCUGGCUGUGGUCAGAAGCAGCACGCAAGGCUCCAAGUUAAUUCAGAUGAUAACCGGUGGCUCCGCUUCUCUGGACAAGUCUGGCUUUGAACGCUAUGUGAUCGUGACAGACAAAACCCAUCCGAGCCAUUUUGAGUCUGUAGAGUUUCUUAUAGAGCUCAACCCAACAGCGGUUCUGGACUUUGACCCAGAAUCAGCUAAACACGGCUUAUAUCAGUACUUUGACCAUCUGAGCACAGUGACCCCCCAUCUGCCUGCACGGUAUAAAAUCACAGAGGGAGUUGAGGACAUUGCUAACAAGUUGAAGUUAACCCGAAACACCAGCUGGGUGUUCUGUAACGGAGGCAUUGAGGGUGAGGCUCCCUCAGAGUGUGACGAGUGGCUGAUAGAAAAGGGAGCCUCCGUUCGAGAUGUGAUUUCCUUUCUGUGCCGUAAAGAUGUGCUUCCAAACAAGAAGUUCCUCGUCAUUUUCUUGCUUUUGUCAGCAGUGAGGGAGAGGAUGGACCCCCUCGUUGAGACUUUCUGUACAUUUUGGCAGGAGCUCCAAGGCAAGGAGCAAAUUCUCUGUGUUUUUGACAGUGAAAAGGCAUUUACCUCCUGGAGGGUCCUGAUUAAGGCUCGGUGCAGAAUCGACAUAGAUGAUAGAUGCGUGUACGAGCUCAGUUUCGCUGAAGUCAAUGGCACCAUCCUCAGUCUUUGGUCCAAAAACCGCAGAGACAUCCGCUUCCUACCCUGCGGCGGUGAGAGCAAAGUGGGUCUGGAUAAGAAAGUGGAGCGCCGCAUGAAUACCCUCGAAAUCCUGUGUGUGAACCAAUGUGAUGGAGGAGAGGAGGACAGAAUUACCAUAGAGAAGAACUUCUACAAAGGUGGAAAGGUUUCAUGGUGGAAUUUCUACUUCUCAGAGCAGCCUGGAUCUAUGCCAUUUAUCAAACGAGACAAGUUCCACUACAUCAGGGACACGGUCCUACCAGACCUGCGCUCCCUGACAAAAGCAUGUGUGCUGCUCAGCCUCCUGCAUGCCCCUGGAUGUGGGGGAACAACUUUGGCCAUGCAUUUACUGUGGGAUCUGAGGCACAGUUAUCGCUGUGCUGUCCUGAAGAGUAGUAGUUCAGACCCUGGUGAGAUAGCCGAGCAAGUGGUGGUGCUUUUAAGGCAUCCGCACAAGGAAGAGAUACCGAAGAUCCCCGUUCUGCUGAUGAUCGACGACUUUAACGACAUGGAGAAGGUACUGGACUUGGUGCAGCUCAUUGAGAAAGAAUGUGCUAAGACAGAUGUUCAGUCCAGUGGUGUGCAGGUCAUUGUCCUGAACUGCAUGAGAACAGAGUGCUCUGAGCUCACCCAACCAACCGCAGAAACUGUUUUCAUUGGAAAUGACCUCUCUGAGAAGGAACAGAAGAUGUUUGCUGAGAAACUUGUGGAGAUAGAGAAAAUACACAAGAAUGCUGAAACCUUCUAUGGUUUCAUGAUAAUGAAGGCAAACUUCAAUCAGGAGUAUAUAGAGGGCGUGGUCCGCAACACCCUGAGAAGCUUCAACAUUAACCAGAAACACGCACAGCUCUUGGUGGUCCUGGUUCUGCUCAAUGUCUACUGCAAGGACUCCUGCCUCUCUGUCUCUCUGUGUGAGGACUUCCUGGACCUCCGGCCAAGGCCAGUUUGUGGAACCAUCAAGAUUGAGGAUGGAUUUGGGAAUUUUUCCUCUUUCAUUGUCACAUGCACAGUAGAAGGAAACGUUGUUUUCCAAGCUGUGAAAAUGAUCCACUCAAAGAUUGCAAGACAGUGUUUAAAAGAACUGACAACAACACACAAUGCGACAAAAGCUGAAAUUACCGACCUGCUCCUGACCACAGACCAGCUCUACGAGAGCACACAAGGCCAAGGGAAACUCAAGCAAGAUGUUCACCGCAUUUUGGUUAAAAGGAAUUAUUCAGCAGAAGAGGAAUCUCAGUUCUCUCCCCUCAUUCAAGAGAUUGCCUGUGACACACCUGGACUGGAAGAGAUGGUGCUAAAAAAUGCCUCAAAAAGGUUCGACAAAGAUGCCAUCAUCUCUCAGUUAUUGGCCAGGUACUACUACCUAAAAAAGAAGGAUUUCUCUGAGGCCAGAAACUGGGCAGAGAAAGCUAAAGGUCUGUCCAGAGACAGCUCAUACAUAGCCGACACAUCAGCACAGGUUCUUAAACACGAGCUGAAGAAUGCCAUAGCCUACUGCAGAGCAGAACAAGUCAGCUCAGACAAACUCAGCUCCUUUCUGAAAAUGGCUCAAUCAGCAAUUGAGGCAUUCCGUCAAACACAGGAUCUUGCAAAGAAAGAAUCAAUUCAGCGGUUGAGCACCAAAACAGACAACUCCCCUUUCAACACAGCCGGAUGCCUGGGGGAGAUCCAGGUCGGAGUGCUCAUCAUCGAUCUGCUGGAGAACACCCCCGUAUUCUCUUCUGGUGAUGUUCGGCAUGACUUAAUGGCCCAGGUGCUCUCUGGAGAAGUUAGAUUUCAGGAUAUAGAGAAAAAUGAUCCGAGGCGAAGUAAAAACAGAGCCUAUUACGACACUUUCAAGCAGCACGAAGGUAUUCUUUAUGAUCUCAAGUGCAGGAUGAAGUUGAACAUUGACUACCUUGAGAAACUGUAUGUGAAUCUUGGCCCCAGAUUUAGAGUGCAAGACUGUCGUGAGCAGGUGGCCCAAAAUGAGCUUUUCAGAUGUUUCAGACGAUAUGCAAAGGUCUUCCUCCAGUCUGCAGUUCUUUCCAAGAAUAAAAUGUUGGGUGAGAGGAUGAGAGUUCUGCAGAUCAGACAGUUCCUGGAGAAGGAAAACGCUGACACCUACUCUGGGAUUCUAAAAUGUCUCUCCAGCAAAAUCCCAACUGAAAAGAUUGAGAAAAUUGUCACACAAUACCAACUAAUUUGCCAACCAAAUCACGAACCAACUGUAAAACACAGGACCAACUUCAUCUAUGCCAAUGUUGUGUUGAGUCACAUCAAACUGGGGUCACAACAGCUUCUGCCCUACCCCCAACUGCAAAAGGCCCUCAACGAGCUUCUCGCAAUGCAAAUUCCACUAAGCGACUCUUUACCCGUGCACUACAUUGCUGUUGUGCUCUUAUGGACAGACUGUAGAACUCCGGGAACUCUGGGAACCUUCAUUUCACAGAUGAAGUCUUCAUAUCACGAUGAGAUGAGGGAAGUGUACAAUGGAAAGACGCCCAUAAUGCAUUUCCUCUUGGGGAAGAAGCGCGGCUAUGAGCGACUGGUGCACAUUGGACAAAUCAGAGGCCUUGUGGCAGAGCAGGAACAGUUUGACGCCAUGUGGAGAAAUGGAAAAAUCUGGAAAGAAAGGAAAGUCUGUGAGCUUCUUCUCAGAGUCACAGGUGAGGUGAAUGGAGAUGGGAUCCUGGUAAACAUCCAAGAUGAUUACAGGGUUAAAGUGGCUCCAACAUAUCGAAGUCAGAUCUCUGGAUGUGCUGGGGGCUCCAGAGUGUCCUUUUUCAUCGGGUUCUCAAUGAAAGGCCCAAUUGCACUUGACAUUGAACCUUUAAGGUGAACGAUCUGUUCACAGCCUGUCCUGGAGCAACCAUCUCAGCCAGCGAGUUACUGCUCCUCUUUUUUAAGUUUGGUAACAUUUAGUUCAAAUAUGAAAACAAAGAUUGCUUCACUUAAAUCACACAUUUCCUCAUCUUUUAUGUGAGAAUACAUUUUGUACCAUGAAUUUAAGCCGUCAUAUCUUUUCUUUUAUACUUUGCUUCUGAACCUGUCUGUUCCAUCAUUAUUUUCCAAUAACUGGGUGAAACAAAAACUGUCUUAUACUAUCUUACAAAUAUGAACGGGUUGGUGUUUUCUAUCCAUUUUCCAAACCCACUUAUUCCAGCUAAGGUUGUGGGGUAGCUGGAGCCUCUCCAGGGUGGAUGUUUAAUCAUUUGUUUUGGUCAUGUAGAGAUGACCUAUUGUCAUUAUGUAUUAGUACAGUUUGUUUUCCUUUUGUGCUGCAUGAGAACAACAUUUAAGCAGUUAAACCUUUACUUUUAUUAAUAAAUGCACUGAAAGGCAAUGAAAUGAGCAUAGUACAAAGUAUGUUUGUGUUUUUUAUAUUACAAAUAAGCGAAAAACAGAUCUCCCUGUUACAAAUAAUGUUAUUGUCUAUCACUCUUUAUACUCUGUGAAAAUAAUAAAAUCUGAUCUCAUCAGUUACUUUAAGGAUUCAUGUAGUUUGAUGUAAGACACUGGUGUUCAGUCCACACAAUGCCAAGGAGGAAAGACAUCAGCAGGGGUCUGGGAGGAGCAGCUGCCCAUCGCUCUGAAGGCUUUAAGGCCAGCCAACGAUCUGGAGGA